AUGAGCGGAAAGACCUUCAACGUUGGUAUCGUGGGAUAUGGCAUGUCCGCCAAGAUCUUCCACAUCCCCUUCCUCACUCAGACUCCUCAGCUCAAGCUGCAUGCAAUCGUCCAGCGAUCUCCCAAGGAGGGUAACUCAGCGCCUGCUGACUACCCCGACAUCAAGCACUACACAGACUAUAAACAGCUCUUUGCCGACUCCGAUGUCGACCUGAUCAUCAUCAGCACUCCUCCCAACAACCACUUUGAACUCACAAAGGCUGCUCUCGAGGCCGGAAAGCAUGUCUUGACCGAGAAGCCUUUUGUUCCCACCUCUGCCGAGGCCGACAAGCUCAUCGAGAUUGCCAAGCAGAACGGCAAGCUCCUCAUCGUUUACCAGAACCGACGAUGGGACUCUGACUUUGUCACCCUCAAGAAGCUCAUCUCUGAGGGUACACUGGGCCGUAUCUUCCAGUUUGACAACCACUUUGACCGCUACCGAAUGGUCCCUUCCAACAACUGGAAGUUGAACUUGCCUCUCUCUCAGGGUGGUAGCGCCCUUUUUGAUCUGGGAACCCAUCUCAUCGAUCAGGCUUAUGUCCUGUUUGGCAAGCCCCAGUCUGUCCACGGUCGUCUCCUAUCUCAGCGCAGCGGCAAGUUCGACUUUGAGAACCCCGAUGGUGUCUCAGCUGAGCUGACCUACCCUGAUGGUCUCAUCGUCAACAUCCGUAUCAGUGUUCUUAGUGCCGAGCUUGAGCAGCCUCGCUUCUGGGUCCGCGGCACAAAGGGCAGCUUCCGUAAGUUGGGUCUUGAUACGCAAGAAGAUGCACUCAAGGCCGGCACAAAGGCUACCGACGAGGGUUUCGGAAAGGAAGAUCCUGCGCGAUACAAGUUGAUUGUCGUUGACGAGAAUGAGAACGCCAAGGAACAACCUCUCUCGUCGAUUGAGGUCCCUACUUACAAGGCAUUCUAUGCUCAGCUAGCCAAGGCCGUCGAGACUGGAAAGGAAGAAGAUGUGCCUGUCAAGGCUAGUGAGGCUCGGGAUGUUUUGCAGAUAAUCGAGGGUGUUUUCGAGAGUGCCAAGACGGGCAAGGACGUUACUUUUGCUUGA